UCCUCCUGCAGCUCCCUCUCCUCCUCCUUCUCCUCCUGCUCCUCCUUCUGUAGCUCCCUCUCUUCCUUCUCCUGCUCCACCUGUAUGCUGCCCCUGCUCCUCCCUCCUGCCACGCCUCCUCUCAGCUCACCGGUUGGAGAUGCGGCGCCUCCUGAGAGGAGCACUGGCCUCCCUGGGCCAUCGUCUGGACUCCCUGGAGAGGAGGAGUCGGAGGAAGAGGAGGAAGAAGAGGAGUAGGCAGAGGGAAGAAGAAGAAGGAGCAGGAGACGCUGCCUCGUGUAGCCCCGCCCUACUCCCACCUGACUCCUCCUCCUCCUUGUUGUCCUCCUCCUCAGGGAGUGAGGAGUCCUACAGGCUGAGCCAAUCAGAGCGGAGGAGGAGGUGCAGAGGAGAGGAGCAGGAGGAGGAGGGGGGGAAGAGGAGGAAGAAGAACCACAGAAGAGGAAAAGAGGAGGAGGAGGAGUCUGGGAGGUUUGUGGGGCGAAUGGUGGUCUCCUCCAGAGGAGGCGCAGAGGAGGAGGCGCCGCUCACUCUGCAGAAGUUCAACCACAGGAAGCACAGAAGAAGAGGAGGAGCAGGAGGAGGCAGCCAAUCAGAGGCUGUCAGUGUCGUCAGGCUGAACGGUUACAGAGUGCCGCUGCCGCCGCCGCACGGCGGCUCCAGCUCCUCCUCCCAGCAUGCCUUGCGCCUCCUGCAGUGGGCUCGGACCUGCAGCCAAUCAGAAGCCCUCAGCGUCUCCUCGGGCCAAUGGCGUUUCUCCGAGCUGGCCCCGCACCUCUCCUCCAAUCACUGUACUGUUCACCUGUGGCACAUAAGCCCCUCCCCCUCAUUUAGCCCCGCCCCCAUGCUGCGCCUGUCGGCGGUUGCCGUGGAGACAGUGACAGGGUCAGUGAAAGGUGGAGUCUGUGUGAGUCCCCUGCGGCCCCUGAGGGACUGGACAGCCCCGCCCAGUCUGAGCAGCGACCACUGUUACGUGCGCACGCCAACGCCGAGCUCAAUGUUUUCCACCCGGCGACCACAGAAGCAGCGGGCCAAUCACAGGCCCCGCAGCCUGCGACCCCGCCUCCCCUGUCUCCAGCCCCUCCCCCUCUGCUCAGCCAAUGGCCUAACUGCUCCGCUGGCCAUCGGCCAAGCAGCAGCAAGCUCAGACUUUCUCAGCACAAAUGGAGAGACCGGCAAACGGGUCUCACAGAUACGAAUCCGCCGUGCAUCGCCACGAGAAACGCCUCUCACUCCCAUGGGACUGCCAAAGGUCAAAAGGUUAAAGAAGAAAGAGUUCAGUCUGGAGGAGAUUUACACCAACAAGAACUACAAAUCCCCCUCCACCAAUAGGAGUCUGGAGACGAUCUUUGAGGAGCCGCGGGAGAAGGACGGAGCGCUGCUCCUGAUGGCCAGCAGAGGAGGCGCAGGCUGCUCCUCUUCCCUGACUUCACUCAGCCCAGGAAGAGGAAGAAGCCUCAAGGGGUGGGGCUACCUGUUGCCAUGGUGCCCAGGAAGCGGGCGGCAGCGCGUCGUCAUUGUGGCGGAGAUGACGAUUCAGACCUGGACGUGAUGCUAGUGGAGCGACUGAGCGCGCUCGAAGACUUCCUGACCCGGCAGGGCCUGGACGUUUGAGCUGUGACAUCACUUCCUGUCAGCUGACCAAAAGCCAAAUAAACAGAGCUGCUAGCAUGGCUGCUACCGCUGGUUACCAUGGUAACACCGUCAUUACGGUGGUCUGAUGUAGCGGUUUUUC